UGCGUUCCCAUCAUUCACCCUUUUCUUUUCCUUCCGCUAAAACUCCAAAAUGAGCAGCCAAAGCUACCUGCAAAAACCACCUUUAACGUUAAACCCCUCUAUCCUUUCUCCCUCCCGAUCUUCGCCAGCAUCUUUCCAAAUAAACCUUUUUCAGUCUCACCAAAAACCAACACAGAAUAAGUUGAAUGGCUGUAAGAACUCGUGUUCUUCCUUGUUACCUGCUGCUGUAAAAGGAGGUUCUUCUUCUGGGAUUUUGUCUGCAAUCGGGAGAGCAAUUGAGGAAGAAGAAGAGUACAGAAAAGCCAGGGCUGAGGUUCACAAGAAGAGUGUGGAUUUGGAAGGGUAUUCAGUCGAAGGGAUUUCAAUUGGUGGUCAUGAAACUUGUGUUGUUGUUCCUCAACUCAAGGCCGCUUUCGACAUUGGGAGGUGCCCUUCUAGAGCUGUUCAUCAGAACUUCUUGUUUAUCACUCAUGCCCAUCUUGAUCACAUUGGUGGACUUCCAAUGUAUGUGGCUACUCGCGGUCUUUACAGCUUGAAACCUCCAACUAUUUUUGUUCCACCUUGUAUUAAAGAAGAUGUCGAGAAGUUAUUUGAUAUUCACAGGGCCAUGAGUAAUGUAGAACUCAACCUUGAUUUGGUUGCUCUGGAUAUAGGGGAAACUUAUGAAAUGCGGAAUGAUCUUGUUGUGCGGCCAUUUAAAACUCAUCAUGUCAUACCCAGCCAGGGUUAUGUUGUUUACUCUGUUAGAAAGAAGCUGAGGAAACAAUAUAUGCACCUAAAGGGAAAGCAGAUUGAGAAACUGAAGAAGUCUGGUGUUGAGAUCACAGAUACUAUCUUGUGCCCUGAAGUGGCCUUCACUGGUGACACAAAGUCUGAUUUUUUCCUUGAUCCACGCAAUGCUGAUGCAUUGAGGGCAAAGAUCCUUAUAACUGAGGUCAAGCCUUUUGCUUUUAGCAAUCACAUGAUGCAUCUUUAUGAGAUCUCUUUAAAGGCUACCUUUUUGGAUGAGUGUGUCACUGUUGAACAUGCACGUGAUCACGGUCAUACUCACCUAUUUGAGAUUUUGGAGCAUGCCCAGUGGAUUAGGAGCAAAGCAGUAAUAUUGACUCAUUUCUCUCCCCGCUACAACAUUGAGGACAUCCGCCAAGCUGUAUCAAGAUUGCAGUCAAAGGUCUCAGCAAAAGUAAUUGCUCUAACGGAGGGUUUUAAAUCAAAGUAUUCGUAGAUGGGAGCUGUAUUACUCUCUACAAUGAUCUGUUGUUUGUAAUUGUUAUUUAGUUUUCACUAUCUUUGUUUGCAACAAUUUGUUGUAGUCUCCACCUGUGCGUGCGUAUGUAAAUUUUCAGGUGAUUCUGUAGAUAUAUUGGAUAAGCUUUUGUAGAAGGAGCUUCUAGAGCAACGUUUAGGGAAUGGUAGGGUUAUGGAUCACAGGUUUUCAGAGUCAAAUUUGGCACAGUAGAUCAACUUUCCACAUUUGAUUUCCUGGACGCUCUCUUUAAAUGCUCUUGAAUUCAACAAUGCAGCGCUCUAGAGUUUUUUUUUC